AUUCGGACCCUAUCCAGGAACACUAGGCGAUUUCCUUACCUAGGUCGGUUCCGUAAGGUAAGGUACGGCAGGCGAAUUGGCUCUUGGGAGUGACCUAACUGCAGUAAGUUUAAUGAGUACUAUGGUAUCGUGCAACCAUACCCAGGCCAUUCAGGGAUGUAACUGCAGAUCCGCUAUACUUCGGUAGCACAAAAGCUAGCUUAAAGAUUAAAAGAUAAAAAAGAUAAAUAAAACGGGAGGGGCGGUGAAUAUUUCAUAUUUCCCACCAUCUUUUUAAGACUAACUAACUAACUACAAUAUAUAAACUUGACUUUCUUUUUCCUGCUUUUCCGAUUAAGCCUUGAGGUAUUCCCGUCGUUAGCUUCAUUACCUAGGUACUCAGCUUUGUGUGUCUUGUCUUCUUCUUCGUUCAAUAUGUCUAACCUUCCCCCCGUCUAUAUCGUCUCAGCUGCUCGAACCCCCGUGGGGUCGUUCCUAGGAACGCUUUCGAGUCUCAGCGCCACUCAGUUAGGGUCUCAUGCUAUUAAGGCUGCCGUUGAGCGAGUCCCCCAGAUUAAGCCUGAAGAUGUAGAGGAGGUCUUCUUCGGCAACGUCCUAUCUGCCAAUCUCGGACAAGCACCCGCUCGACAGUGUGCCCUCGGUGCUGGCCUUCCCCAAUCGGUCGUCUGCACCGGCGUCAACAAGGUCUGCGCUUCCGGUCUAAAAGCCAUCAUCCUAGGUGCCCAGACCAUCAUAACCGGCAAUGCCUCCAUCGUCGUGGCCGGCGGCACCGAGUCCAUGUCCAACACCCCCCACUACCUGCCCACCCUCCGCAACGGCGCCAAGUUCGGCGACCAGACCCUCGUCGACGGCAUGUUGAAGGACGGCCUGACCGACGCUUAUGCUAAGGAACACAUGGGUCUCGCCGGCGAGCUGUGCUCCGAAGACCACACCAUCUCCCGCGAGCAGCAGGACGAGUACGCUAUCGAGACCUAUACUCGCGCCCAGAAGGCUACCGCCGACGGCAUCUUCUCCAAGGAGAUCGUCCCAAUCGAGGUCAGCGCCGGCCGGGGUAAGCCUCCGGUCCAGAUUACGACCGACGAGGAGGUCAAGAACCUGAACCCCGAGAAGCUUAAGACGGUCCGCCCCGCCUUCAAGCCCCAGGGUGGUACCGUCACAGCUGCCAACGCCGCUCCCUUGAACGACGGUGCCGCUGCCGUCGUCCUCAUGUCCGAGGCCAAGGUCAAGGAGCUAGGCGUCACGCCCAUCGCCAAGAUCCGCGGUUGGGGCGACGCCGCUCGCGAGCCGCAGCGCUUCACCACCGCCCCGGCCCUUGCCAUCCCCAAGGCCAUCAAGCACGCGGGGCUGACGGAAAAGGACGUGGACUUCUACGAGAUCAAUGAGGCCUUCUCGGUCGUGGCCCUAGCCAACAUGAAGCUCCUCGGCCUCAGCAGCGACAAGGUUAACGUCUUCGGCGGCUCCGUCGCCAUUGGCCAUCCCCUCGGCUGCUCCGGUGCCCGCAUCGUCACCACCCUCACCACCGUCCUCCGCGAGAAGAAGGCUAAGAUCGGCGUCGCCGGCAUCUGCAACGGCGGCGGCGGCGCCAGCGCUAUCGUUAUCGAGAACCUCCAAUGACUAUCAUCGUACGAAGAGGUCGGAAAGGAUGACGUGGUGGUUCGCCCAAGAAGGGAUUCGCGGAUAUAGGUACCUGAGGUAACGAAUGAUGAAUGUGGAAAACGCGUUAUGCUACCCCCCUCCCCCCGGAUCUCUAUGACUAUUACUACCUGAGUAAUGCUGCAGCGUACUGGUCUACAAGACAUAUAUAACACAUACGACCUGUUUAAAUCCUGAGAUGAAGAAGAAUAAAAUAAAAUAAUAAAUAACGCAUAAAAUGAAGGGCAAUUUCUUUUUCUUGCUCGAGGAUCGGGGAGAAUUAAUCAGAUUUAAUACAUACCUCCUACGCAAAUCUACCUAGGUUAGUCAACCUAGCUUAGGUAGUAAUUCAAAACGAUUUUUUUGAAAUCCCCCAUCAUUAUUAUAACUUGAUUGACUUGGGCAUCUGAC